CGCUGCAUAUAAAAAAAUGGGCGGAUUGGUGUCCACAUCCAGUGGCUGGUACCACCUUCCUUUCUAAAAUAAAAUCUCUCUGGCAUGAAGUCACCGCCUAUUUCACAUCCGGUUUGCGCUGGGACGUAUUACUACUGUCUUGGUACAGAGAAAUCUUUUGUUGUAUAGCUGCAGAUUGGAUAUUGGGAAGCAAAUUUGGGUAUGAAAUCUCCAGUGCAGGAGCACGCAGAGUCCAUGAUGGCUCAGACCGAGUGAGUGAGCGCGGCGCGAGGACGCCCUCCGCCCGGCGCGCCCGCGCUCGCACACUCGCGCAGCUCCAGUUCACCGCGAUCCUCUCUCCUACACUUUUCUCCCGGGUCUGGUGCGAUCCGGUGCCCAGAGGGGGCCCCGAGCUGCGCAAGCCCGUGAUGAAGAAAAGUCGGGGUCUCUCUGACUAUCUUUGGGCCUGGACCCUCAUUCUGAGCACUCUGUCAGGAAGAAGCUAUGGACAGCCCUCCCAAGAUGAACUUAAAGACAACACCACAGUCUUCACAAGGAUUUUGGACCGACUCCUGGAUGGUUAUGACAAUCGCCUGAGACCAGGACUUGGGGAGCGUGUAACUGAAGUGAAGACUGACAUCUUCGUCACCAGUUUCGGACCAGUUUCGGACCACGAUAUGGAAUAUACAAUAGAUGUGUUUUUCCGUCAAAGCUGGAAGGAUGAAAGAUUAAAAUUCAAAGGACCCAUGACAGUUCUCAGGCUAAACAACCUCAUGGCCAGUAAAAUCUGGACUCCAGAUACGUUUUUCCACAAUGGAAAGAAGUCUGUGGCCCACAACAUGACCAUGCCUAACAAACUGCUGCGUAUCACAGAGGAUGGCACACUGCUGUACACCAUGAGGCUGACGGUGAGAGCUGAAUGCCCAAUGCACUUGGAAGACUUCCCUAUGGAUGCUCAUGCUUGCCCACUAAAAUUUGGAAGCUAUGCUUAUACAAGAGCAGAAGUUGUCUAUGAGUGGACAAGAGAGCCAGCUCGCUCAGUUGUUGUGGCAGAAGAUGGGUCUCGCUUAAAUCAGUAUGACCUUCUUGGACAAACAGUUGACUCUGGAAUUGUUCAGUCCAGUACAGGAGAAUACGUGGUUAUGACUACUCACUUCCACUUGAAAAGAAAAAUUGGCUACUUUGUGAUUCAAACAUACCUGCCCUGCAUAAUGACAGUUAUUCUUUCCCAAGUUUCCUUCUGGCUCAACAGAGAGUCGGUACCAGCUAGAACUGUCUUUGGAGUGACAACUGUUCUGACCAUGACAACCUUGAGCAUCAGUGCCAGAAAUUCUCUCCCAAAGGUGGCUUAUGCAACAGCCAUGGACUGGUUUAUUGCAGUGUGCUAUGCCUUUGUUUUCUCAGCUCUGAUUGAGUUUGCCACAGUAAACUAUUUCACCAAGAGAGGGUAUGCGUGGGAUGGCAAAAGCGUGGUUCCAGAAAAGCCAAAGAAAGUGAAGGAUCCUCUCAUUAAGAAAAACAACACAUACGCUCCAACAGCAACCAGCUAUACCCCUAACUUGGCCAGGGGUGAUCCCGGCUUGGCAACUAUUGCUAAAAGUGCGACCAUAGAACCAAAAGAAGUCAAGCCUGAGACAAAACCACCUGAACCCAAGAAAACGUUUAACAGCGUCAGCAAAAUCGACCGACUGUCAAGAAUAGCCUUCCCGCUGCUAUUUGGAAUCUUUAACUUAGUCUAUUGGGCCACGUAUUUAAACAGAGAGCCUCAGCUAAAAGCCCCCACACCGCACCAAUAGGUUCUUUUAGUCGCAUUGUUGUUCAGUCGUCUGCACCGAGAAUCGCUCUCUGUUCUCAACGCAGUGAUUCCUAUCUGCUUUACUGCCUCUGUCUUAAAGAAUUUGAAGGUUUCCUUAUUUCCAUAUUUUAUAUAAGAACAAGAGACCCCCCUGUCUGACAGUUCAGAGCAGAGCAGAGUAUUCAGCUCCGGGACAGGAUUCUGAGAGGAAGCCAGGGAGCUAAAUGAAGUCAGGAGACAGACGAGAGGAAAAGGGAGGGAG